UCACACCCGAAUACGAAUCCAAUCCGCAUAUUCGCAUCCGCAUCUGCAUCCCCGUCGAGGAAGUGGCCAAUCCGCCGACCAUGUCGCCCAAAUACACACAUGCGAUUGUGGCCAGAAUCUCGGAUGCGCUGCUGGAGAAAGGGGAGUUCAACGUGCAGCUGGCCAAGCAGCAGCACGAGCAGUACUGCACGCUCCUGAGGUCCAUUGGCCUGGACGUGAUCGAGCUACCGCCGGAUGACCAGCUGCCCGAGGGCGUCUUCGUGGAGAACAGUGCCGUGAUCUGCAAUGGAGUGGCCCUGAUUGGGAGAUCGGAGCAUGCCAAGAGGCGACGCGAGGCCGAGAGCAUGGCCAUUAUCCUUAAAAAGGAGCUGGACAUUCCGGUUAUCGAGCUUGACGACCUGAAUGCGCAGCUGGAUGGCGGAGAUGUGCUUUUUACGGGACGCGAGUUCUUUGUGGGCAUCUCUGGUUUCACCAACGAGGAGGGCGCCAGGGCGGUGGCCAUGGCCUUUCCCGAGUAUCCUGUGACGCCGAUUCGGGUAAACGGCUCCAAGAGGCUGAAGUACUAUGUGACCAUGGCGGGACCGGAUGUGCUGGCCGUGAGCACUAGUGCCACCUGCCAGGACAUCGUGAAGCGGAUGGAGCGGGUAGGUAGCUUCACCUACCAAAAGUUGACUUUGCCCGAUGAGGCGGCGGCUAACAUGCUGUACAUCAACGGAACGAUCGUACACAGAUCUCCGACGGAGAUUCCACAAGCCCACAAGACUAUAAAAGAGAAAAUCGACAUUCCAACACGCAACAUAAAUAUUAGCGAAUUUAGCCAAUAUUCCAGCGGACUGACCUCGUCGUGUUUGUUGCUGCGACGCUGGAAGUCCAUACGGAGCUUAUGAAUCUCUGGGAGCUGAUGGAGAAUCACCCAACCGGAGUGAGAUGAAGCAUUGCCAUGAGAAACAUGCACAACAGGCCCGGGGAGCAGGUGCAUCCUGCUCUGUCCAGGCAUCAGCAAUAUCGUAUUAUCUUAUUAUAGUUUAUGCACUUAUCUUGUUAUUGUUACUACUUAAGAUUAAACCCCUAACGCUAAUCAAACUGAUUGUCGAGGCGAUGCCGCUGAUGUUACUUUCCAACUCUGUGUUACUUUAUAAAUUGUGUAACUUAACCACUGUUGGAAAGUAGCGUCAUUCUCAUCAAGAUGAUCAGUACUCCUUACACUCCAUGACGAUGUUGAACAAAUAUCAUUGUAUUAUUAUGAUAAAAUUGCUAUUAUAAAUUGUAUCUACUUUACAAGUAGUUUGUUGAAUGUGUUCAGUGUCAGUCCCGGUAAUAAAUGCAACAUUUGUAAUCUCUUUAUAAACUUAAAAA